AUGGCGCCCGCGACUCACUGCACCCUCAACACCGGUGCCUCGGUCCCCACCGUCGGCCUUGGGACGUGGCAGGCAAAGCCUGGCGAAGUUGGCAAGGCCGUCGAGCACGCCUUGAAGAGCGGCUACAGGCACAUCGAUUGUGCCCUCAUCUAUCGCAAUGAAAAGGAAGUCGGAGAUGCCAUCAAGGUGUCUGGCGUCCCUAGGAGCGAAAUCUUCAUCACCAGCAAGCUGUGGAACACGCACCAGCCUGAUGUUGCCGCCGGCUUGGCUCAAACGCUGCGCGAUCUGCAGACAGACUACCUGGACCUGUAUCUCGUCCACUGGCCCGUGCGCCUGAUUCCCAACGAGACGUCUGACUUGCUCCCCACCAACCCUGAUGGCACCCGCUCCAUUGACUCUUCGUGGAACCAGCAGGACACCUGGAAGCAGAUGGAAGCAGUGUACCAAUCCGGCAAGGUCAAGGCAAUUGGCGUGUCGAACUGGAGCGUGCCGUACCUAGAGCACCUGCAGAAGACGUGGACCGUUGUCCCCGCCGUGAACCAGGUCGAACUGCACCCGUAUAACCCUCAGCACAAGCUCAAGGAGUGGUGUGACAAGCACGGCAUCAUUCUCGAGGCAUACUGCCCUCUUGGCUCCACAGGCGCUCCACUGCUCGAGGACGAUGAGAUCACAGGCGUGGCCAAGAGAUACGGCGUGUCGCCUGCCACCGUGCUCAUCUCUUACCAGGUGAACCGCGGCUGCAUCGUGCUGCCCAAGUCGGUGACGGCGUCCCGCAUCGAGCAGAACCUCAAAGUGGUCGCGCUGCCCAAAGCCGACAUGGACCUGCUCAACGCGAUGGCGGCAGGUGGGAAGCAGAAGCGCGUCAACACCCCGGCUUGGAGAAGUGAUCUAGGAUUUGAAGAUUGGUAUGGGCCAGUGGAGGCGCAAAAUUAA